UAUUCCAGAAGUGGGCGCUGGCGUGGCCUGUGGAAGGUCUGUUUUCAAGUCAUCUGAUUUUACCCAGCUAUCUACAACAUUUACGAUAUAAGAAUUCGCUCGCUUUAUUUGUGGGCUUUAAUAAGGACGAACUCCAGAAUAAAUUUACAAAGGUGUGAAAGUGUUUGCAAGUGAAAGAGGAAGCCGGCCACAUUGAUCCCAGACCAGAUAGCCGUGUGCUUAGCAACAGGAAGAUGGAAGAGUGCGUGACAGUGGUCAGCAGUCCUACGGUGUCUGUGCGCUUGACCAGCACCCUCAGCUCCUUCGAGGUGAACCGGAGAUUUAACCGAGGGAUCACAAUCGCAGAGUUCAAGAGCAAGCUGGAGCUUGUCAUAGGUUGCCCUGCUGCCUCUAUGGACCUUCAGCUGUUCAGUACUUCUGACAAGUUUCUGCAGAGUCUUGAUGAUAAUGACACACUGCUGGGUUCCUACCCUGUAGAUGAUGACUGCAGAAUACAUGUGAUCGAUCGCAGUGGUUCUCUGACUGGAGCUUUCAGCGAUUUGUCCAAGGUUGAGAAAUAUGAGAUCUCUGAAGAUGCAUAUGAGAAGCGAGCAGACUCACUGCGAAACCUCAAGAAAAACAUGAAGCUUGGGCGCUUCAACGAGGAGUAUGUGGCCAUGCGUGAGGAGACACUUGCGCAGAAGGAGGCGGAAAAUAAAGCUGCAUUAGCCUCAAUCACCGUUGGCAAGCGCUGCCAGGUUCAGGUCGUUGGGCAGCCCACAAAGAUUGGCACAGUUAUGUUUGUGGGAAUGACAGACUUCAAACCAGGCUACUGGGUAGGCGUAAAGUAUGACGAGCCACUUGGCAAAAACGAUGGCUGUGUGAAUGGGAAGCGCUACUUUGAGUGUGAGCCAAAGUAUGGUGCAUUUGUGAAGCCCAUGUCUGUGACUGUGGGAGACUUCCCAGAGGAGGACUACGGUCUGGAUGAGAUGUAGGCCCUACCUGGGACAGCGGAGCAAAGGUGCCGGGCUGGACACACAUCCUGUGCUAAAGGAUGAACUUUGGGGAGUCCAGUGUCACAGCCUGUGACUGAAAGGGUUUUUUUUUUUUCCCCUCAUUGUCACAACUAAUCAUUGUUUGUCUUGCUGGUCUAGAAGAGGCCAAAAUGAUGCUAUCAUACCAUUACUAGGGUAACUUGUAUGUUGAUUCUUUAUGGUCAGACUGAAACUGAUUUAAAAAAAGACAUCUAUUGUGACUAUAGGCUGUCCAGCUGUGAAGCACAGGAGUAGGCCAGAUUAACCUGUGGGUGUAUCAGAUGAGCCGUAGUUAGCACAUUAUGCUCUUUGCAAAGCAUUUUGCCACUUGUACAUAUUUGAUUACUGAAGCCUCUUCCAACUUCAGUACAGUGUUUUAUUUACCUUAACAUCUCUUCACAACUUCUUUUUAUGUAAGGGGCAUAUAACAUGCACACAAUCAUUUGGAUUUCAGCAGAGCUGUUUUAUUUUCGAUAGUCUGUAUAAUAUGUAUAAAUGACCUUUUGGAUAUUCUAAGAAGUUUUGGUUUGAGAUAAGUACACGCACGUUCAUUUUAGAUGCGCACACAAGAUUCCAAAAGAAGGUGGUGUGGGGGAGGAAUGGCAUGGAAGUUUGUUGUGCUGUAUGUUUUGUAAUUGCACUUGUCCAUAAUGCUGCCCUGAUUUCACCAUGGGAUAAACAGGUAAUAUAUUUUAUAUCAGUUUGUCCAUCAGAACCUAUGGUACACAGUGGCAGUGUGUGGUAAACUAUAAUUACCGCAUUAAACACCAAGUGGCAAAGCAGUCUUGUUCUCUUAGAUUCUUUGAACGUUUAGGUAUAUAGGCUAAUUAGAGUGCAGAUGCAGGCUAAACACAUUGGCAGUGUUUUUAAAAAUUAAGAAUGUACAUGUUGAAACGAUCGUCUGACCUUACGAAUAUGAAAUUUCUCAUGUAUAGGCUAUGACAUACAGAUCUGUUGGUGUGCAGCAGUUGUUCUGUAAUUCUCCAAUAAAUCGUAUGAAUUAUUUGAAUAUCA